AAAGACAAAGUGUUUUUCACAUAAAAUCAACGUUAAAAGCCACUGAAAGUACCCGGUUCUUACAUGGGGCUUUGCAUAUACACAUUUGCUCAGAAAAACCUGCAUUGCUGCAAUGACCAACGGUUGGGGCACUUUGCGACACUUUUUUCUACACAUUUCAUGCUAAAAACACUAAUUUUCUCCGCAACUGACAUUUCGGUGUCACUCGACAGUCAUCGGAUGCGCCGAUAACAGUCGAUUUGGGCCCGAGUGCGCCGAGCGCAGUUGAUUUGUUUGAAAUAGUGUUGCCGUCUCCGUCAAAUACGCACGCAUUAAGCAGAAGUGACAAGUGACAAGUUGUCUUCCAGUAACUGUGACUGUUUGAAUUUAUGACGUUAGUGUUUAAGUUCUGUAUAGUGUUGAAAGUGUUAGCGAAUGAGCACUAGCAAGACUUUUGUGCCCUGAUAAUGAGGUGCGCUCGAAGUUGAUUACAUUUGAAAUCAGCCAUCAGCCAGUUAUUAGGGUUUUUCUUCACUAGUCAAAUUAUUGGACGCCUCACACUACGGACAACUGAAGGAAACCUCAGACUCACAUAUCCAGACAAAACUGUAUGAGCCAAGGAGUAAAAUAAAACUCUUUCCAGUUUGCGUGCGCAAAUCCAGGCUUGCCAGGACAUCAAUACAAACUUCGCAACACACCUGAAAAAACCAAAUCACUAAACCCGCUGGUUUAUCGGCUGUAAAAUGACGGCCCAGACGAGCUUAAGAGCAGUCCUAUCGGCGACUUUUGUGGGUCUACUACUGGCUGCCACCACCGUUUUAUCCUUGUAUCAUGUGCUGACGAACAAGGGCGAACGCGCCAGUUUGGGAUGGUUUCUGGAGAACACUUCGCCACAUAUGUGGGCCGCUUUAGGCAUCGGACUGUCCGUGUCUGUGAGCGUUGUUGGGGCUGCGGUGGGCAUUCAUACAGUCGGCGUUAGUAUUCUGGGCGCAG